UUACAUUACUGUCUGCUUUUUCUUUUAUGCAAAGAGCCUUUUAAUUUUAGUGUAUCAACUAGAAUUCACUGUGGUUCUUUGUUUUGUUUUUUGUUUAUUUAAAUUGUUUUAUACCGUGUUUUACAGUACGUAGGCGGGCGUUUGUGGAAAAUCUGCUUUAGCAUCGCUGUUGCUGUUUUGACGCCAGUCCAGCAGAAGGCCCUCGUGAGGCUGCGAACUGUUACCAGCUGAUGGCAAAAAAAUAACAAAGAGAAGAAGAACCAAAAAAAGAUUUUCUGGUCUGUAGCCUAUAGCUUGAAUGUGGUUCCAAGUAUGCGACAAAAGCGAGGUUUACUCAUUUUCGGACACCGGUUUUUACCCAACCAGCGGUAGGGGCACACCAUGGCGGAGCAGCUGUUUGUGUGGAACCUGGAAAUGUCGAACAAAAUGGACUAUCGCUGUUUGUGCGGCGGUUGUUUUUGUAGCUAGCGCUAGCAAUAGCCGCAUUAAUACCACAUAGCGCGGUGCGGUCUUCAGUCUUGACAUAACCGCAGUGGUUUCGCUGCUGCAGGGCAGGGAGUCGAUUUGCACAAAUAAGAUAACCUGUGGAGCAAGUUGCGGUGACAAACCCACCGACUCGAGAUGUUCGCUGUGUGCUUCUUAUAUAACUGGCCUCAAAAUGCUUCAGAGAGAAGGUUGGUAUAGUAGUAGUGCUUGUUUGAACUGUAAAGACCUGUUUAAACGUUAUACACAUAACGGCUGACGUUACUGCUGUUUACACGCAUUAUUUUUCUGGAAAUGAAACGGCAACAUCCAGGAGCCGAAGAGAUGGGUCUUCCUUUGCAAAACGUAUCUCUAUGACUGAGAGCUGUACCCCUGUGAAACAGGAAUAAUGUCUUGCAAAGCUGCAGCCAAGGACAAGAAGUCGAGCUUCAGUAAGAAGCUCUUCAGGAGGGGCUCAGUGCGCUCUUUGGGCACCUUUAUGGGCAAGGUUCUGAGGACACUGACAGCCCUUUCACACUAUGGAUCUGAAGUGCAAGCAGAGGAGGACAAGGAUGAUGGAGGGUUUUCCUCCUUCAAAUCUGGAGAUAAAGAUGAUUUGGCAAUGGACGAAGGUGACAUGGGAGGGUUCCUGUGUGGUGACAAAGUUCCUGGGGUAUCGGGUCUAAAAAACCACGGGAAUACCUGUUUCAUGAAUGCAAUUCUGCAGUGCCUCAGCAACACUGAGCUCUUCGCCGAGUUCCUGGUUCUGGAGCAUUACAAAGAAGAGGAGAACGACGAGGGCAAACCCAAAACGACUGCAGCGCUUCUCCAGAAGAAAGGUCCUCUGGCCAAAGGAGAGGUCACCGAGCAGCUGUCAGGACUUGUGCGGGCUUUGUGGACGUUUGAGUAUACACCACAGCACAGCAGAGACUUCAAGAGUGUCGUGUCAAAAAAUGCCGUGCAGUUUAAAGGGAACGCUCAACACGCUCAGGAGUUUCUGCUGUGGCUGCUGGACAGAGUGCACGAGGAUCUCAACACAGUCAACCCCAACAUCAGGCCUCCUAUUAAGCCACCUAUUGAGGAAGACGAUCAAACCUUAGAAGGUCCUUCUCCUCCUCUGUCUGCCGGCUCAUUUGUGCAUGAGCUUUUUCAAGCUCAGUACAGGUCUUCUCUCACCUGCCCACACUGUCAAAAACAGAGCAAUACAUUUGAUCCCUUCCUCUGCAUCUCAUUGCCUAUUCCACUUCCUCACACACGGCCUCUCUAUGUGACCGUGGUCUACCAGGGAAAGUACUCUCACUGCAUGAGGAUCGGAGUGGCUGUUCCCCUUAACAGCACCGUUUAUCACCUCCGAGACGCCGUUACACGUGAAACCAAGAUCCCCAUGGAUCAGUUUGUUUUGACUGAAAUGUACUACGACGGUUUCCACCGCUCUUUUUGUGACGACGAUGACGAUUUAAACAUCAUUCAAGAGAGCGACUCCAUCUUCGCCUUUGAGACCCCAGAAACCUUCAAACUGGAAAAUUUACGUACAAAAAGAGGGAGCCUUUUGGCCAAUCUGAAUCACAACAACUUAAAGUAUGGGAAUGAAAUCAGCAGGACUCCGUCCUUCAUGCAGGGAGCGAUGACUCCGGUAACUGCAUCACCAAAUAAAACCCCUGCACCGGAAAAAAUGAUCCUGUUAGUUUGUAACAGAGCUUGUACUGGCCACCAAGGGAAGAGAUUUGGUCUGCCAUUUGUACUGUACAUGGAUCGCACUGUGACUUGGGAUGGGCUUCAAAAAGAAAUCCUGGAGAAGAUGCGUCAUCUUUUGCGACCGGGCGUCUACAUCCAGGUGGGACCAUUUAGUCUGAGGGUAGUUGGCGUCGUCGGUAUAACCUACCUCCUUCCUCAAGAUGAGCGACCUCUGUGCCAUCCGACAGUGGAAAGAGCGUUCAAGUCCUGCGGGCAAGGCGGACCACCGCAUGUUAAGAUCGUGGUCGAGUGGGACAAAGAGACCAAGGACUAUCUGUUUGGUCACACCGAGGAGGAGUACAUUCCUGAUGCAGAGAGCGUGUAUCUGCACAGGGAACACCAUCGUCAACCGCAGGGUUGCACUCUGGCCCAGUGUUUCCAGCUCUACACCAAGGAAGAGCAGCUGGCCCCAGACGACGCCUGGCGCUGUCCCCACUGCAAGCAGCUGCAGCAGGGCCGCAUUAAGCUCAGCCUGUGGACGCUGCCGGAUGUACUCAUACUGCAUUUAAAGAGGUUCAGACAGGAAGGCGAUCGCAGGGUAAAAAUGCAAAACAUGGUGCGGUUCCCGUUGAUGGGCAUGGAUAUGGCACCUCAUGUGGUGAAGAGAAGUCAGAGCAGUUGGAGUUUGCCUGCCCAUUGGUCACCGUGGAGAAAGUCAUAUGGCUUGGGCAGAAACCCCGACGACUACCUUUAUGACUUGUACGCCGUGUGCAACCAUCAUGGCAACAUGCACGGAGGCCACUACACUGCGUAUUGUAAGAACUCCAUCGACGGUCAGUGGUACUGCUUUGAUGACAGUGAGGUCUCUCCGGUAGCUGAUGAUGAUGUGUGUCAGCAAACAGCGUAUAUCCUCUUCUACCAGAGGAGAACUGCUAUCCCGUCCUGGUCGGCCAACAGCUCUGUCGCUGGAUCCACUAGUUCGUCCUUGUGUGACCACUGGGUGAACAGGUUGCCCGGUAGCCGGCCUGCCAGUUUGACCUCCGGAGCUUCGUCCAGACGCACCUCCCUCGCUUCUCUGGCAGAAUCGGUGGAGUGUCCAGGCGAACGCAGUGAGGAUGAUGCUGCAUCAGCAAGUCUAAUAAAAACGUCCCCCUUCACAGGAGGAUUCUCCGUUCGUCCUUUCGUCAGAAGCAUCCAGCGACAGAGCCUGUCCUCGCGGUCGUCCAUCGGGAGCCCCUUGGCAUUGAGCGACAGUGGACUAAAGCCUUCUUGGUCGCUCUCUGCCAAGCUGCACAUGAGAUCCAACUCCCCUUCGCGCUUCUCUCUGGACUCUCGAUGUUCACCUCCGCUGGAGAGAAUAGGCGAGUCCUGUGAUGACAAGGUUUCUACGUCCUGUUUUGGCAGCUACAGCAGACACGAGCGGUACUUUGGGAGCAGGACUCCAGUUUCUGUGAUGGAGAGCAACACAAACGACCAGGACAACAGCAAAAGGUUCCUAGACAUGAUGUACUGCAGGGCUCCCACUCCAGUGGAAAAGAAGAGCGCCAAAAAUGAGCCCACGGAAAACAACAACCAGGUCACGGCUGUGGACCAAAACAAACUACCCGCUCAGACAACCCCGGCAAAAGAACAGAAGCGUAAGAGCAGCAUUGGCGGCUUCGGCCAAAAGGUCGAAAGCAAAGUUUCCACGAAGACCUCCAACAAAGCAGAACAAGAUAAAGCGUCUAAAAAACGGCUGUGCUCCACAAAUAGGAACUCGGCUACCGACACACCUUCUAGUACUCCUGUUAAGGGAAAGAAGGUCAGCACGACUAAGGAGAAGAGCGUAGGCAUCAAGAAAAGCAUCUCAACCCCCUGCACGACUCCCUCCAAAACGAAGGAAGCCGUGGACACGACACCGCAUCACAAGCCGUGCGUGCGCUCCACGCCUCAGUCCUCCGCUUCUCCUUCGCCUUCUGUCAGGAAGAAUACCAGCAUAGCCGACAAAAGCACUGUGAGCAGUCGCAAACGUAUGGUAGAACGGAGCUACAGCCGGGAUUCUAUGCACACUAGCCCUAUGGUCAACAGUCUUCGAGGCAGCUCGGUAGCUCGCUCUUCGCCCUCCAGGAGUGGCGAGAGCACCCGCGUCGACAGGAAAUCCGUGAGGAGUUCCAGCAGCAGCUCCUCCGUCACCAGCCUUCGCUCACCCAGCGUCUCCACCAGGGACCUGCAGCGCAGCAGCAAGUCCGAGGAAAAAGGCUUUUCCUUUUUCAAGAGCGCUCUCCGACAACGGGAAAGCCGUCGGUCGGCGGACUUGGGAAAGAGCACCAUGCUUGUUAAAAAGGCCUCAGAGAGGACGUGCAAGCAGAACAAGGAGAUCGCUGCUGAGAACGCGCGGCCCGGAGACGCCGCGUCGUCAGACGUCCGCAGAGGUGAGACUAAGUCCGAAAUAAAAGAGUCUUCCAGACCCCCCAGCUCGCUCAGCCGCACUCUGUUGCACGUGGGCAAGUCCAAGUCUUCCUUAUCUGACUCGUCUCUCAAGUCUCCGGCAAACGGGAAGAAGCCCCUGGAGAGGAUAGCGUCUUCCCGAAAGUUGUCCACUAGCACGAAAUCUCCCGCAAGUACAACACAGAGGCCUCAAUGAUAUACAGUCACCACAGUCAUAUUUAACAUCCUUAUUGCAGCUAAUUUUCUUGUGCCUACAUUUAAGAGAUCAUCAGAUGUAUUUAUCAAGAUGUACGCUAUUGGUUUGUACAUUCAAAUAAGGUUUUUUUAUUAUUAUUUAGUGAUAAAAUUAUUGCUUGAAAGACUUAAUUUUUAUUCUGGCUUCAUGGUUUAAGAUAUAUUUUUUGAGGUCUGUAUGACGGCAGAGAGAAUUUCCCUCCGUCGUUCCUCAGAAAAGGGACUCGUUACACCUUUAGUAAUAUUAGAAAAGACUCAUUUUUUUAAAUCAGCACCUUUUAUCAG